AUGGAAAUCAUUCUCCUACAACAACUAAGAAACCACCUCUUCUUGUUGGUUUCUUUCUCUCAUGCUUUGGAAGUUUUCAGAGGAAGGUCUUCUCAAGGGCUCUCUUUUAUCAACCUCAAGCGAGACACGUUUUCGUAUCUGAAUAUCACAAGUACUGGUACAGAUCUUGUUGAAGACAGCAUCGAGUGUGCGUUUGCCUGCUUGGAAAUUCCUUCAUGUUUUUCCUACAACCUUGAAGCAGUCCCCGGUAUCAACAAAAAGCUCUGUGAACUGCUUCCAUCGGACUUGUACAACAACACGGAUAAGUUCAUCGCACACCCGAAGUUUCAUCAUUUCAGUAUUGCGUCUCCAUGCAGCAGCUGGCCUUGUCAGAACGAUGGAACUUGCGUAUCACAGUACGAGAAGAACAGCUAUGUUUGCCUUUGCAAGAAGGGAUUCUCUGGGGAGUACUGCCAAUCACUGAGCUAUUCCUGUAAAGAUAUCUUGGACAACGAUACACAAGCGGCUGAUGGUGUUUACUUGAUCACCUUGACUGACAAGAAGGAAGCAUUUCCGGUGUACUGUGACAUGGCUGGCGGAGGCUGGACCAUGGUGUUUAAGGCGGUAACUGGAGCCAAUCAAAUUGCGUAUCAAGCUUACAAGUCGAGUAAAACAUACGCCGAGAACGAAAUGGCCGCUCUUGACGUCACCAACCAGUAUCCCAACGACUACAAGAACAGGAUUGUUUUGAACUGGGGUCAAUUCGGUGCGUCCGAGGCAAGGGUCAUGUUAUAUAAAGGAGGGAAUCCGGUCAAACAACUGAAAUUCAACGCCAAGGGAUCAGACAACGUGAACUGGUUCCAAUUCGAUAAACUGACUGAAAAUGCCUGGAGUGACAUGGCAAGCCAGCCACGGAACCUCUUUACUAUCGAGGCAGGGAUUACACGCAGCUUCAUUAUCAACAGCGAAUACGGCUUUCACUGCAAUGGCGAUUUUGGAUGGAUGGUGAUCACUGGAACAAACUUGUAUUGUGACUGGGAGCAGCGUUAUGGUAAAAACGCUGUCAUAUACAGCAUUGUGGCCGGUCGCACGCACUGGAGGAGUUACAACAACAUGGACGUUGCCGAUUCCUUGGUUGUUAUGUUGCGUUAAGAACCAGAGCUCAUGUGCUCAACUGGCCAGUGACCGGGGCAAAGAAACCUGAUGAGGCAGUAGAUUUGAGUUCGCUUGCUGUAGUGACAGGGUCGUUAGAUUUGAUUUCGGUAUUGGUUAUAUAUCAGGAUAAGGAGAGGAUAGGGUUUGUUUUUCUCGCCUACGCUUAGCAAUUUUGUUUUGCCUCAAUAUCAGUGAUAUAAAUUAAAUAAAGCAUUCAAAAAAAGCCUAAGUGGUGAACUC